AUGUCUGUUGCCGUCUCCACCAAGCUCACAAGCCUUCUCAACGUCACUAGCCCGAUCAUUUCAGCGCCAAUGACCGACGCCACGACGCCGGCGUUGGUGGCAGCUGUAAUCAAUGCCGGAGGAUUCGGGUUUUUGGGCUCAGGACGCUCCAGCGCGGCGAAGAUCGUGGCUGAUAUAGACGAAGCCCGCGCGUUGGUGGCACCAGAGAAGCAGCACCUCGUUGGCGUCGGUUUCGUCGGAUGGGCUCUCGACAGAACGGACCCGACUACUGUCAAGACUGUGCUCGCAAAGAACGUGGCCGCAGUCUUGUUUGCGUACGGGCGUGACCUCAGGAAGUAUGUCGCGGAAGUGCGAGAAUUCGACGCCGCGCACGAGCACAAGACUCUUGUGUUCGUGACGGUCAACACGGUCGAGGAGGCAUCGCGUGUAGCUAAGGAAUGGAAGCCAGAUGUGCUCGUCGUGCAGGGCUACGAAGCCGGCGGCCGGGCAAACGUCAACUCCCCUUCAACGAAGGAUUUCCUCCAGCUUGUCGCGGAGACCAUACCAGAUCACCCGCUCCUCGUCUCUGCCGGCGGCAUCACCAAGGGCUCUCAGAUCGCGGAACUGUUGGAAACCGGUGCCGCGGGGUUAUCUGAGGCGAAGCAGCUGCUCAUCGAAGCUGGGGCGGACUCUACAGCCAGAAGUCCGAUCUUCGACGUCAUUUUUCCUGACAACGUCUGGCCUGAUGGGAUACAAGCACGCUGCUUGAAAACCGGCAUUGUUACCUACGAAGCCCGCGUGGCGGAGCUGACGGCAAAGCAGUCGGAGUCGGCGAAGGAGGAGCUCGAGACGCUCAAGGCUCAGCUACGCACGAAAAUCGACAGCGACAAGGACUACCCUCUGAUAUAUGCUGGUCUGGGAGUGGCCGAGCUGAAGAGCAUCCAGCCUGCAUUUGACGUUGCGCGAGGUCUCCAUGAUGAGACAGUUGAGGCGUUACGCAGUCUCAAUUCUGAAUUACUCGGUGGAGCUUGA